AUGGCCACCGAAAACGACUCGAGCGUUGUAAACGGCGGUCACUCCAAGCAAGAGCCUACAAUUCAGACCGAACCAGAAGUCAAUCCAAAUCAGAGCAGCUCGGAAGGAACCAAGUCUGCUGAAGACUCCAAAGCCGUCGAUCCUUCAACUUCUCCAGAACAGGCCCUCGCCGGGGCUGUGACUGACGCUCAACCGCCAUCUACCACAGACACCGCCCAAGCAGGAGACAAACAAGAGCACAAACCGUCUUCGGCACCGGCCCAUGAUGACAAAGCUGUCUCUGGAGAAUCCACAAAACCCGCACGCAAGAAGCAAAAAAUUAGCAAAGAGAAUGGUGUGGUCGAAAACGGUCCACCAGCUACCCCGGCCACCGGUAACUCGACCUCGAAUGCCACUGGCAACGGUGAGCAAAAGUCACGGCGCUCUAAGAAAGUGAAAGACACAGUGAAGCGUAUAGUUCAUACAGAUGGUAUCGGGAGUCGGACGCGCAGUCGGACCAAGGCUGCAGCAACUUGA